AUGAAUGAAUACGACGACGAUGAUAAAGAUAGAUUUGUAGUUGAAGAUGUUGUUAAAGGUAGUAGCAGUAGUAGUAAUAGUAGAAGUAAUAGUAGAAGUAAUAGUGGUAGUAAUGCAAAUGGAAGAAUCAUAAGAAAGAAAGGUGGUGCAUUAGGUGAUUGGGAAGGUUUCGUUGUGAAAUGUGCAUAUACCAUCGUACAUCUUAUAAUAUACUUGGUGUUGGCAGUUAGAAGUGGAACUGAUCUCAAUGUUGCAUUCAAAGAGCGAGACUACUUCUAUCUGAUUUGGACACAUUCCAUUUUCAUUUCUACAUUCAUAGUCUUUUUCAUUGCUGCUUCGAAAUCUCCUGGCUAUUCAGACGAUCUUCCAGCAUCACCACCAAACAACAAUAGUAAUAAUAGACACAUCAACAACAACAACAACAACAAUUCAAACUAUAUUAAUAACAACAACAGUAAUAAUAAUAGUAGUAGUAAUAAAUCUAAACUUAAAAGAUCAGAUGAUGAAUUUGCAGAUGAUAAUGAUGAUCAUCAUCGUCAAUCACUAGAAUUUGAUAUCAAUAGUAAUAAUAAAGAUGAUGAACAGAUAGAAGAAGAUUAUAAUGUAAAUAAAGAUAAUGAAAUGGAUCAACUUUUAGAUAGUUUGGAGAGUAACAAUAAUAAAGAUAAAGAAAGUGGUGAAGAUCAACCUUAUUGUAAUAUAUGUAAACGUAAUGUUUUAAUUAGAUCAAAGCAUUGUAAGAGAUGUAAUCGUUGUAUUUUAAAAUAUGAUCAUCAUUGUUUCUUCAUUGGUUGUUGUGUCGGUCAAUACAAUCAUAAAUCAUUUUGUAUCUUUUUAGUGGUUCAACUUGUUUUAUUGAUUCUAGGUUUUCAAAUAGCAUUAACAGGUAUACAUAGUGCACCAACAUGGAAAGAUUGGGUUUUAGCAAAUCUACAAACUAUGAAUCUAUGUACUCUACAUAAUAAAGAACUUGAUGUAUUAUGUUCAGAUUGUAAUGAGAUCAUAUGUUAUCGAUGUCUCAUUUCAAAGCAUAAUCAACAUCGAGCACUUCACACAGAAGACAUCAAUCAAUCAAUUUUAGAUAUUGAUUAUUCUGUUGUUGUUUCAGAAUUAGAUAAAGAUAUUAAUAAUAAAACAAAUGAUGAAAAAGAAGCAGAAAAUAAAAACAAAGAUAAUGAUACUGUUGUUAGUACAGAUAGUGAUAAUAAUAAAGAUAAAGUAAAUAUAAUUCAAAAGAGAAUAGAAUGGUUAUGGAAUAAAGUUAAAGGAACAACCAAGUACAUUCAAAAGAUGACUGAUAUCGAGAAUCAUAUCACCGAUCAUUUCAAACAAUGUUAUGAAAUGUUAAUGAAAGAAGAAAGAGCAAUGAAGAAACCGAUUAUUGAUGAACUCGAUGAAUAUAAAGAAAAGCUUCAUCGACUCAUCAAAGAAAUACAAUCAUUAUACAACAUCAUCCAAUCAAUCACACCAACUCUUAUCCCGAAUAAUGAUGAUCAUGAAUUACGUGAAAAUCAUAAAAACAAUAAUAAUAAAAAUAACAAUGAUAGUAAUAAUGGCAAUAAUGAUUAUGAUAUUCUCGAAGAUAAAUCAAUCAAUUAUGAACUUCCAUCAAUCAUUGAAUCGAUUAAACAAUCAAAAUCAUUGGAUCAAUUCAUUCACAACAACAGUAAUACAAUCUUUAGUCUUCACCAACAAAAGAAUAAUGAAAUCACAGAGUAUAUCAAUAAAAACAAGAUUAUCAACAUGAAUAAGAGACACAAGAACAAUGAUAACACCAAGUCAAUUGAUAGUAACAACAAAGAUAAUAUUAUUUUGGAAAUCCUUCGUAAACACUUUGACAAUCAUAAGAUAAAAGACUAUCACCUUACCAAUAUUGGAGGUUCUAUUACAUCUUCAGAUUAUAGAAAAAAGCAAUGUUUUUUCGAUGGUAUCAAACUAUUCAUUCAAAAAUCGAUCAAUGUUGAUUUUGAAGAAUAUGAAGCAGUCAAUUUAAAGUAUUUUAUUACAAUGGAUGAUGACUCUGUUUUUUCAAUAUACAAAUGCAAUUUCGAGAAUGGAAGUCAAAUGGAAUUGUUAGAGAAAGAAUCGAAUCAGUUGAGAGAAAUGUUAGGAGGUAUUGACGAUAGUGGUUCUUUCAUUAUUGGAUCAUCAAAUUCGACCAUCUAUAUAUUCUCAAUGAUUUCAAACCAUUUCAUUGUCUACUCAAUCAUUGACAACACUCUCAGAGAAGCAACAUAUCAUUUAGGUUUCGAUUUAUCUUUCGAUGGUCAACCGGUCACUCAAUAUGUCGAUCCAUUCUACUUGUAUUUCUAUGGUCGAUCACACGACUAUACAUUAAGUAUGAUUCGCUUUAAUACAAUAUUGGAGGAAUUCGAAGUGUUGAGAGCCGAUGAAGAUGCUAGAUAUAUCAUUCCAAUUGCGUUGUUUAGCGAUAGUGAUUUCUUAGAGUCCAAAAGUUACUCUAUGUACUAUGAUAAAACAUCUCACGAGAUAUGCUUAGUCAAAUACCAGAUGUUUUCAACUCAAGCUAUAUCUAGACAUGUCAUUGCCAGUGAAGUGUUCCCGAGAUAUGUCACCUAUUACUUUAAUGGGGAUAAUAAAGUAUAUCUUUAUUAUGGUGAUGAAAACUCUGAAUAUUUCUUAAAAAUAGGAUUUGGUAGAGUUAUCCUCAUCGAGAAUCUCGCUACAAUUGAAGGGCUUGCAAUGACAGAUGUACCAAACGAACUAUUGAUUUUGCCAACAAUGAUCGAAGUUGAUGAGACUAUCUAUCUUUUCACUACAGAUAAAAGUUUUAAAUAUUCUUUAUUUUCAAAAGAUUGGGAAGAGUCUCCUCUUACAACAACAAAUAUUAAAUAUAUACAUAAUAUUGACAAAAGCUAUUAUUAA